AUGAAGAAAAUCCAGAACCCCUAUAAUCCAUACCUUCCCAAAGAAACUGGUUCUACAAGUUUUCCAGCCUAUAUUGGUUCUCCUUCAAAUACACCAGACCCCGUUUCUUCUUUCGCAAGUCUCCCUCUUCAAUUCGAUUCUAAUAGAUCCAGUCUAUCAAUGCGUUACGCCCCUGUUUCAAGAUCAAGUCUAUCUUCUCCAGAAAUCCCACCACUACGUCAGCCAAUCAUCACUGAUCCAGAAACUCAAGAUACGUAUCUUCUCAACUUGGACAUUGGCUCUUUUUCUCAUGGAUUCGGCGCUGUUUACAGAGCUCUCUAUACCGAACAUAAAUCAGAUACUGAAAUACCUAUCAAAUCUGGAUAUGUCACUUUGAAGAUCAUCGAUAUGAACGAAAGUGAAACUGAAAGUCGUCACCUCUGGCGUCAAGGUAAAGCAGGCCUUACUGAUACUCCUUAUGGUAAAAUAAUUGGAUCUAAGAGAAUUUUCAGUGCUGUUACCAACAUUUUCAGUGAUAAUGAUGAGUUGUUAUGUGUUGUUUUGCCGUAUAUGUCUGAGGGAUCUCUUCGAUACAUUCUAUCUACUCGUCCUCAGAAAAAAUUAUCAGAGGAAUUCAUUUCUGUUGUUCUUAAACAAGUACUUAUUGCUCUAAGAGAUGAAAUUCAUGUUGAGUUUAAUCAAAGGGUUCAUAACACUUUGAAUGCUGGAGAUAUCUUUGUUCAUAUCGACUAUGCUACUCAAGAAAUUUCGAUCAAGUUAGCAUAUGAAGCAUCUGUUUAUGAUUCCGAAACCCCAAAUCAAGCCAAUAAUCAAUACGCUCCAUUUAUGAAUCCGAAACAUAUUUUUAGAUGGGGUGCUGCACCAGAGGUGUAUGGAAGAGAAAAUGAAGGUAACAGUGGACCAAAAUCUGAUAUUUGGUUAUUGGGAAUAACAGCACUGGAAUUAGUGUAUGGGGAUUUACCUGUUCGGAAUCGUAGAGACUUCAACUAUAUAGUCGAUAAGAUAAGGAGGAAGAAGAAACUGCCGAAAUCACUUAAAAAGAUGAUGAUCAAGAGGGAUGGGAGAUUCAAGGAAGUGAUGAAGAAUUUGGUUAAUCGAAAGAAAAGGGCGUUUUCGGAGGAGUUUGAAGAGAUUGUUCUUGCUUGUCUUAGAGAGAAUCCAGUGAACAGACCAACUGCUGAUCAGCUUUUGAAUGCUCCAUUCUUUACUGAUGCUAAUGACAGGUUUAAGCAAUUUAUGUUGAAUGGUAGAAAUUGA